AAAGUCGUGUAAUUCAUGCAGGAUUCUCUUUUCCUGUCCCCCCUCGUCUCUGUUCCAGAUGUGGAUGAAUGUACGGAGCGCCCUGCGGUGUGUGACGGUCGGGGCGAGUGUGAGAACACGCUCGGGAGCUACAAGUGUGUUUGUCGACCAGGUUACCGGGGAAACGGCACACACUGCGAGGAUGUGAAUGAGUGCGCGUCAGGUGGUCACGGGUGUGACACCAACGCUCGCUGUGGCAACAUCAUCGGCUCCUAUUUCUGCCAAUGCUACCAGGGCUUCAAUGGAGACGGACACUCUUGUUUCGACAUCGAUGAGUGUGCUCUCAACAACGGCCACUGUCAACACAACUGCUCCAACGGGGCGGGAGGGUACAGCUGCCUUUGUGACUCCGGCUACCAGCUGGACAUGGAUGGACUCAACUGCACAGAUGUUGAUGAGUGUCUGACGCCGGAUGGGACCUGCCAGCAUAUUUGCAUCAACACUCAGGGAUCGUUCCGGUGCUCCUGCAGGCCCGGCUACCAGCUGCACAUCGAUGGCCACACCUGUGUGGACAUCGAUGAAUGUAAACUCCAGAACGGCGGCUGUUCUCACACCUGCACCAACUCUCCAGGAGGACACACUUGCCACUGUCCUCCUCCUCUUCUGCUGGACACAGACAACCUCACCUGCAGCAAUGUUACAUCCUGCACGCUGAGAAACGGAGGUUGUGACCACGUGUGCACGCUGAGGGCUGAGCGGCAGGUCCAGUGUCGCUGUCGGGCCGGCUGGCAGUUGGCCGAGAACCAGAGGAGCUGCAAGGAUGUGAAUGAGUGCAGCGACUUCGCAAACGGAGGCUGUGAGCAGCUGUGUGUGAACCACCCGGGUGGCUUCAACUGCACCUGCCGGGUUGGGUAUGAAGUGCGGACCGACGACCUCACCAAGUGCCGGCCUGUGUGUAACCCUCGCUGUCACAACUAUGGAGUGUGUGUUGCCCCAAACAGCUGUGACUGUCCCCCGGGGUACCCCGGGCACGGCUGCUCAGCCAUGUGCUCCCCACCCUGCGCCCACGGAGGUACCUGUAUGCGCUGGAACGAGUGUCUGUGUCCUCUUGGCUGGGCCGGGGCAGGCUGCCACACAGCGCUGUGUGAGCUGCCCUGCGCUAACGGUGGUCGCUGUGUGGCGCCCGAUACCUGCCAGUGUCCCUCGGACUACACGGGCCCCCAGUGCCUCUCGCCCCUGUGCACUCCAGCCUGCAAAAACGGGGGAACAUGUGUUGAUGUCAACAAAUGCACUUGUGUUGGUGGAUGGCAAGGAGCUCGUUGCCAGAUAGAGCCGGUUCAGUGUGAGAAACCCUGUAAGAACGGAGGAGUCUGCGUGGGCUUGAACAGGUGCCGCUGCGCCAAAGGAUUCGUCGGGACUCUCUGUGAAACGGCAGUGACCGUCCCCUGUGUACCGCCGUGCCGGAACGGGGCCACGUGCAGUCCUCACAACACCUGCACCUGCCCCGAGGGCACUGCUGGCCUGCGCUGUGAGAGACUGACGUGUCCUGUGGUCACCACCGUGGUCGGGAUGGCUCGAGCUGUAAGGAAGGCGGUUAGGGAGAGUUACGUGGACCGCUGUGGACCUCUGGGAGUUCAGCUCUGCACUAAAUACAGGAUGAACCAGGCUCGCGUGUACCUGCAGGCCUACAGGGUGGGCUACAAAAUCCAAUGUCCAGAGAAGAACGGCAGAUGAAGAAUGAAACGCUGUUGUUGAAACGCUCCACGUCACGAGGAAACGUCCCCCAACGGACACCAGGCGAGAACUGAGACCAGACGAGCUGUGAACUCUAAAGUGCGACUGCAUUAUUGACUGGAUUGUUGUGGCGUCUCUGAGGGCGUCUACUUAUUUGAUCUAAAAUAAGCCGACAGUUAUCUUUAAAUAGGUUCUGGACAAACUAUUAUGUUUCCAUUGUACAAGAAAUAUUCCUCAGCACAUUAAAUGUGCAAUGGUUGAAUUAUUUGUCAUAUUUGUAUAUGUCAAUUUUUUUUACAGGCUGUUAACCUAAUGAUGGUCUGAUAAUAAUUUAUGCGUGAGAGUACUGAAAAUAGUUCAGUUUAGGGAAUAUCACCAAUAAAGAUAAAGUGCCACAACAACAUA